AUGGACACCAAGGCAAGCAACUUCUCUUAUGAUGUAUUCUACUUAACUGGAUUCUCAAAUCUACAGCCAUACCGGGCUCUGCUCUUCAUACCUUUUUUCUUCAUCUUCCUUUACACUUUGACAGCAAAUGGAAUUCUUAUUGUGAUCAUUGCAACUCAGAGGAAGCUGCAUGCUCCCAUGUACCUGCUGAUAUUAGCAAUUGCCCUUCUCUGCAUUGCCAUUCCAGUAAUCGUUGUCCCCAAGAUGCUCGUGAGUGUGUUGUUGAACCUAAAUGCAAUUAGUCGAAAGGGAUGUCUCAUACAAUUAUUUACUAUUCACUGCACAGGUUGUUUUCAGUCCACCAUUUUACUUGGGAUGGCUAUUGAUCGCUGUUUUGCCAUCUGUUUUCCACUGCGUUAUAAUGAUUUUGUGAACGUUAGAAAUUCACUUAUUUUUGCUUCUCUUUUUACUCUCCGCAAUACCCUUGUGAUUGGAGUAGAAACUGUUAUGUUAGGACUAAAACCUUUUUGUAAGACAGACAUUAUUUAUCACUGCUUCUGUGAAUAUACAUCAGUAGUAAAUAUAGCUUGCGGAGACCUUUCACAAAAUUAUAUAGCUGGGGUGGUAGCUUUCUGCAUGCCAACAAUCGACUGUGUGUUCAUAAUGAUCUCUUACAUUGUAAUUUUUGUGGUCAUAUUUAAGUCUCCUUCAGGAGAUUCACGACAAAAAGCAAUUCACACGUGCAGCACUCAUUUAAUGACCUUAUCUGUUGCUUAUUUCAGUGUGGUGAUAGUAUUUGUUGGAUACAGAGUCUCCACAAUCCCACAAGACAUCCGUGUUCUGACUAGCUUCAUGUAUCUGCUUGUUCCUUGCAUGACAAACCCAGUAAUUUAUGGUGUUAGAACUAAGGAAAUAAGAAUUCAUGUUGUGAAAUUUUUAAAAUGCAAUAGAAUCAGUCACGUUUAG